GUUUUUAUUUAGACUAUGGCAUGACUUCACAAAUCUACUCCUAGAAUAUUUCCUUAAUUUACCCUUAGGAUUUUGUCCAUGUUCUGUUGAAUUAUAGCUUCUAGAUAUCCUUUUCUUGAUAAGCUCCUGCCCGUGACAGGCAUAUUACUUCUCUUUAUACAACCCAAAGGACUCCAAUAAUUUUUCUUGGACUCACAGACUAGGAAAAUGAGUUCUAGGGAUAGAAAACAAGAAUGAAGUUUUCAUAUGGGCAUUAUUACAUUACAGAAAGUUCAUUGAAAAACUUGUCCACAGAACACUUUCAUCACUAGCAAUAAUCAAGAUUUUGUGCCUGUACUUCUUGAUAUCAAUGAAAAUGGAAAGAGGAAGAGAAUCUGCCUUCUGCAUUAUCACAUUUCUUUGCUGUUGGAGCACUGUAAUUGGUUUGCUCUCUCCGAAAGGCAUAAACUUUGAAGUGCAAGCUUUAAUGGGCAUAAGAGCUGGUUUGAAGGAUCCUCGUGGGGUUCUUGAUAACUGGGAUGGGGAUGCUGUUGAUCCAUGUAGCUGGACUAUGGUCACUUGUUCUUCUGAGAGUCUUGUUAUUGGCCUAGGAUCUCCUAGUCAAAGUUUAUCUGGAAUUCUUUCUCCAAGCAUAGGAAAUUUGACAAAUCUUCAAAUUAUACUUUUGCAGAACAAUAACAUUACAGGAUCAAUCCCAACAGAGCUAGGAAGGCUCUCAAAGCUUAAAACACUUGAUCUUUCGAAUAAUUUCUUGAUCGGUAGAAUUCCUCCUUGUUUUGUCCAACUGAACAGUCUCCAAUACAUGAGGCUCAACAAUAACAGUCUAUCUGGAGAGAUUCCGAUGGCAUUAGCCAACAUGACACAACUUUCUAAUGUAGAUUUGUCGUACAAUAACUUGAGUGGCCCUGUACCUCAUUUUCCUUAUAAGACUUUCAACAUUGUUGGAAAUCCUUCAAUAUGUGCUGCAGGGUCAGAGCCCGAGUGUGCAGGAAUAACAUUGAUGCCUAUGUCUAUGCCCUUGAACACUUCAGGAAAUGUUCUUCAUUCUGGGAAAUCAAAAGGUCACAAGCUAACUCUUGCACUCGUUUCAAGCGUCGCUUGCAUCUGUUUACUUAUCCUAGGAUUUGGGCUGUUACUGUGGACAAGGCACAGACAUAAGAAACAAAAAUUCUUCGAUAUUAAAGAUGGAAAACAUGAGGCAGUUUCGCUUGGAAAUUUAAGGAUGUUCCAGUUUAGGGAACUUCAGACAGCAACCAACAACUUUAGCAGUAAAAACAUUUUGGGAAAAGGUGGAUAUGGACAUGUCUACAAGGGCUAUUUACGAGAUGGAACUGCUGUGGCUGUGAAAAGGCUGAAAGAUGGUAGUGCCAUUGGAGGAGGGAGACAAUUCCAGACAGAAGUCGAGAUGAUCAGCCUAGCUGUUCAUCGGAACCUCCUUAGGCUGUACGGAUUCUGUAUGACUCCAACAGAAAAGCUAUUGGUUUACCCUUACAUGUCCAAUGGAAGCGUUGCUUCUCGUCUCAAAGCAAAACCAGUCCUUGACUGGGGCACAAGAAGAGGAAUAGCCUUAGGUGCUGCUCGGGGACUGUUAUAUCUCCACGAGCAAUGUGAUCCAAAGAUAAUUCACAGAGACGUAAAGGCUGCAAAUAUACUCCUUGACGACUACUGUGAAGCAGUGGUAGGAGAUUUUGGGCUAGCAAAGCUUAUGGAUCAUCAAGAUUCACACGUUUCAACCGCUGUACGUGGCACAGUAGGGCAUAUAGCCCCAGAAUAUCUCUCCACUGGCCAGUCCUCUGAGAAGACAGACGUAUUUGGAUUUGGGAUCCUUCUACUUGAAUUGAUCACUGGAGAAAGAGCACUGGAAUUUGGCAAAGCAGCUAACCAAAAAGGCGCAAUGCUUGAUUGGGUGAAGAAGCUUCAUCAAGAGAAGAAACUGGACACGUUUGUCGAUAAAGAUUUGAAGAACAACUAUGAUAGGAUUGAGCUAGAGGAAAUGGUUCAAGUGGCACUUUUAUGCACACAGUAUGUUCCAAGCCACAGGCCUAAUAUGGCUGAAGUUGUCCGUAUGCUAGAAGGAGAUGGCCUUGCAGAAAGAUGGGAAGUUUCUCAAAGAUUAGACACAAACAAGUAUAAAACGCGAGAACUUUCCUCAUCGGAACGAUUUUCGGACUUAACUGAUGAUUCUUCAUUGCUUGUUCAAGCCAUAGAACUCUCUGGUCCGAGGUGAAUCAACUACACAUGUUAAUUUUGUUAAACGCAGACCACAAUUUCUCAAAGGGGAAGUUCAUAGCAAAGGCUAUAAAGAACUUUGAAUUCCUUCUUUUACAUAAUUUUUUUUUUUUUUUUGGGUUAAUGUUCUUCGGAGGAUUACGUUUGAAUUAGCUACUUGUCUGGAGACAUAUGCCCAAUAUGAUAAGCUUGUUAGUGAAAGUCGAUGCAAUAUUAUAUCGAUUUAUUCAAUAAGACAAAUUUUUAUUGCAA